AUGAGCAAAUUCUUAGUACUUGCCACCCUAUUAGCUUUAACUGGAUUCUCUCAUGCAACGGUCACAUGCGGUUAAGGUGCUAUCAUAGAUCCAGGAGAUAAUACUAAAUGCUUUUGCCCUUAAGGUUUCUAUGGUGAUCCACUUAAAUAUUGCUAAUCUUGUCCUGGUAAUUCUUUCUCCCAUUUUACUGUAAAUAGUAUCAAUGUUUAAGAUUGCAAUAUAUGUAAAGAUGGUUAUUAUGUCUAAGAAGCUGCUACUGAUAAAACUGCUGCUAUUUGUACUAAAUGUAGUGGAUUUACAACCCCUAAAGAAUAAACACCAACUUCUAGCUCUAAUGAAAGUGUCUGUAAUGCUUGCAUGGAUGGAUAUUAUUACUUAGCUGGUCCUAUUAAUAAUUCUUUAGUCCCCACUUGCGUCCAAUGCCCUCCAUAUUCUGGUGUACAAGGAAUUCUUUAGUCUACCCCUGGUUUUUGUACUUGCUAUGACUCUGGUGCAAAUGCCUUAAGUAGUACUGUUACUUCUUGUACAUGCAAAUCUGGUUAAGGAACUCCCAUUCAAACUCCAGGAUCAACUUCAACCUGUAUUCCUACUACCACUUCUAAUUCUUCUUCUACUGCUUCAAAUGCUUCUAAUGGUUCAAAUGCUUAAACUGCUUCAAAUGCUGUAAUUCUUAGUACUUUUACUGCUUUAUUAUCAUUCGUUUUCAUUAUUUGA